GGCCCCCAUAGCCGCGGCCGGGGCGGGGCGGGGUCACAUGAGCGGUCACGUGGCAGUGGCGAUGCGGCGCGGCCCGGUGCCGGUGCCGGUGCCGCCAUGCUGUCGCGGCUGCUGAAGGAGCACCAGGCCCGGCAGAGCGAGCGGAAGGAGCUGCAAGAGCGGAGGCGCAAGGAGGCCAUCGCGGCCGCCACCUGCCUCACGGAGGCCCUGGUGGAUCACCUCAACGUCGGGGUCGCCCAGGCCUACGUGAACCAGAGGAAGCUGGACCACGAGGUGAAGACGCUGCAGAUCCAGGCCGCGCAGUUCGCCAAGCAGACGGGCCAGUGGAUCACCAUGGUGGAGAACUUCAACCAGGCGCUCAAGGAGAUCGGCGACGUGGAGAACUGGGCCCGCAGCAUCGAGAUGGACAUGCGGACCAUCGCCACCGCCCUGGAGUACGUGUACAAGGGGCAGCUGCAGCCCUCCUGCUCCUGAGCCGCCGGGUCCGGCCGCCGGAGCUGCCCCCGCCGCCCUGCCCCGGCUCUGUUCCUGCCUGAUAACGCGGCCCCAGCCCGCGCGUCGCGCUCGGCCCCGCUGCGAAGCCGCAGCGGCUCUCGGCCGCGGCCCCGCCGGCAUCCAGCCCGCCCCGCCACGGGGCUUGCUGCCCCCGUGCCCCCCCGUCCCGAGGAACGGGGCCCCCGCCGAAAACGGAAUAAAGCAGAGUGGCUGAA